AUGUCGCCAAGAAGAAACAUUCUGCUUAUAACUGCCGAUGACCUAGGCCGUGAGCAAGUGGGUUGUUAUGGCGGUCAGAGCCAACUUACACCCAAUUUGGAUGGUCUCGCGGCAUCGGGGUCCAGGUUCGACAUGGCUUUCACAAGCACAGCGUCAUGCAGUGGAAGUCGGACUGUUAUCUACACUGGUCUACACACCCAUGAGACGGGUAGCUACGGUCUGACCCAUGGAAACAACGGCUUCAGGACGUUUGACAACGUCGAGUCUGCGCCAUUACUCUUCAACAAGAUCGGCUACAAGACUGGUAUUCUCGGCAAAGUCCAUGUCAGUCCGGGCAACUUGUAUCCAUGGCAAACUAGACUGGAAAGCGAGUCGAGGAAUGUGGCAAAGAUUGCAGAUGAGGCUGAUACUUUCUUCCAAUCGUCGAAAGUAGAGGACAGAUCCUUUUUUCUUACCAUAGGAUUUGUUGACCCUCACCGGCAACUGGGCACACGCGGUGGUUUUGGCAACGCCCAAGAUAACUACGAUCCGCGCCUCGAAGAUAAAAUCUUUACACCAGAAGAUGUCACUGUUCCAUCAUUUCUGAGCGACAUUCCCGAAGUACGUGAGGAGCUCGCCGAGUACUACAGAUCAAUACACCGGAUGGACCAAGGUGUCGGCAUGGUCCUGGAGGCUUUGGAUAGAAAUGGGCUAUCGGAUGAUACCCUGGUGCUCUUCCUCAGUGAUAAUGGUCCGCCGUUCGUCAACUCAAAAACGACGCUGUUCGAAGCAGGUGUCAGACUGCCCUUCUUGAUGCAUGCGCCAGGGUUCACAGCCAAGAAUGCUAACCCCAGCCUUGUCUCAUACGUUGACAUUCUUCCAACAUUCCUUGAUUGGGCUGGGCAUUCCAACAUGCCUUCACAAGCUGGCUUUCUUGAACGAAAAGGCAGAUCCAUCCUCUCCAUUGCAGGAUAUUCUGAAUUACAGCCAGCUUGGGAUCAUGUCUUUGGCUCUCAUACCUUUCACGAAAUCACAAACUACUGGCCUACAAGAUUUAUGCGAAACCAUCGCUUCAAAUAUCACCGCAACAUAUGCUGGAAACUCGAUUUCCCAUUCGCUAUGGAUCUCUGCGCGUCGCGUUCAUGGGAAGGCAUGCGGAACUCAGGCGUAGACAAAGAGCCCAUGAUUGGCCCCCGACGACUUCGCGAUUAUAUCUGCCGUCCACCAGAAGAGUUGUUUGAUCUCGAGAAUGACCCAUGCGAAGUCAUCAACCUUGCGGGUAACCCAGAGUUUGCUGAGGUACUCAAGUCAAUGCGUGAUGAACUGGAGCUUUGGCAGAAGUCCACCGAUGAUUUGUGGCUGUGGAGAGAUGGGGCGCCUGUUGUCAGAUAUUUAUCUUCGGAUUAUGCGAGGGAAGGUCUAAAGAUACCUGAUCGGUUCGACUUUGAUGUGAACAAGCCCGGGUCAGAUGGAGCGCCGAAGUACAAUUUGCUUUGA